AUGGCAAACCUGCUUACUAUGGAUGGGUCGGGAUGGGAUUUGGAGAUCAUUGCUGACCUGUUUGAGGCUAGGGAUCAGUCUCUAAUCUGUGGUAUCCCUCUGUCCGAUACUGCUGCAUCUGACCAACUGUUUUGGUCUUUUGAAAAUUCAGGUGUGUACUCUGUAAAGUCAGCAUAUAAUUUCCUGCAGAAGCAAAAAAGUAACUGGUUUGAUGAAGAGAUUGCUGCUUUCUGGAGUAAAUUAUGGAAGCUGAAACUUCCUUCUAAGGUUAGUAAUCUGUUAUGGCGUGCGUGUACACAAUGUCUUCCUACGUCGGUUCAACUCAAAACUAAGAGAGUAGAUGUUAAUUUACUUUGUCCCAUCUGUAUGGAAGAAGAGGAGAGUGUCCUGCACUAUUUGGUGACUUGCCGUGUUGUCAAACUGUGUUGGAAUCGGGUUGGUAUCGGUACGGUGGUGACUCCUAGAUCUGGUUUUUUGGACUGGUGCUGGGGUGUGUUUCAGCAUGCUACCUCGGAUCAAUUGUGCUUAAUGGCGACUAUUUGUUGGGCUGUUUGGGGAGCCCGAAAUGACCUGGUUUGGAAUGGAAAAGCUGUUCAUCCUGAUAACGUUGUUGAGUUUGCAAAAAAGUAUCUUGAUAAAUGGAAAAAUGCUCGUCAGUCGGAUUCCGAUACAUCUUACUCUGCUUUCCAAGCAGGAGAUGGAAAUGAGCAUUGGUGUCCUCCGCAUAGUGAUAGCAUCAAGAUUAAUGUGGACGCGGCUUUGUUUGAAAGGAAUCAAUCAUAUGGCUUUGGUCUUGUCGCUAGGGAUUCCAACGGUUUGCUUAUAGAGGGACGCACGGUUCUGGUUUAUGGUGUAGUUGAACCAGUCAUAGCGGAGGUGUUGGGAAUUAAGGAGGCUCUUAAUUGUAAAAGAUUGCUUGCUUCUCUUACAAAUGUUUCUAUUUUUUUUGUUAAACGAUCUGCUAAUUUAGUGGUCCAUAACUUUCCUAAGGCUGCUAUUUUAUUUCCUGAUCGUCGUUUCAGUUUGGAGCAUGUUCCAACUGAUUUGUUGCCUUGUUUGGUAGCAGAAGUUCAUGGUUAA